AUGACAGAUAAAUAUUUAUUAAAACACCCUAAAGACCGUUCAUUAGAAAAUGAUUCAGAAAAUUGUUUAUUAGAAACAAAUAUAAAAACAAAAAAUCAAGGGUUGUUAGAGAUUUCAUGUGAAAAUGCUUCUUUAGAUUGUCAAGAAAAAUCAUUUAAUACUAAAAAACGGCCGUUGCAUGUUGAUAAAGAAUUAUAUCUUUCAGAAAUAAUAAAAGAUGCUUCUGAAAAGGCAUUAGACUUUAGGAAGGAUCUAGAACCCUUAGAUAAUGCAAAAUCUCUAGUAGAUAAGCAAGAAGAAUCUCAUAGGAAAUAUAAAACUCCUAGCAUUGUAAAAGAACAAACAAGUGUAGAUCGUAAAUACGAAAGAGAAAGAAUUCGUAUGAAUCAAAUAAAGACAUGUAUACAAAAUCAAAAUGUUAGUGAUGUUGUGCGGCGAUAUUAUAAUGAGCGUCCUGAAGUAGGAAAAAAGAGACGUGAAAGUUCACCGAUUAUUGGGCUUAGGAACUUUAAUAAUUGGGUUAAAUCGGCAUUGAUUAGAAGAUUUACAAAGGAGUUUCCUAAGAAUAUACCUUUGAUUGUAUUAGAUAUUGGAUGUGGGAAAGGAGGUGAUCUUUUAAAAUGGAGUAAAGCGGGGGUUGCAGGAUAUAUAGGUAUUGAUUCUGCAGAGGUUUCUAUUAUGCAAGCUCGGGAAAGAUUUAGAAAAAUAAAAAAUCUUAAUUUUGCUGCAAAAUUUUAUGUUUUAGAUUGCUAUAUGAAUUCUCUUGAAACUGUUCUUCCUCCAGAUGAACGAAAAUUUGAUAUUGUGAGUAUGCAGUUUUGUAUGCAUUAUGCCUUUGAGACAGAGGAGAAAUGCCAUCAAAUGCUUUCUAAUGUAUCAAAAAGUCUUAUACGUGGUGGUAAAUUUAUUGGUACUAUACCUAAUAGUGAUUUUAUUAUCGAGAAGAUCAAAAAGUUAAAGAAUGGUAAAAAAGACUGGGGAAAUUCAAUUUAUAGGGUGCAAUUUAUAAAUCUUCCGAGUUCUGAAUUUCGCCCGCCAUUUGGACAUCGUUACAGUUUUUAUCUUGAAGAUGCUGUCACUAAUGUACCUGAAUAUGUCGUACCAUUUGAAGCUUUUCGAGCACUUGCACUGGACUAUGAUUUAGAAAUGCUUUAUUGUAAACGAUUCCAUGAUAUUUUUUUUGAAGAACAAAAGGAUUAUGAAAUAAAGAUGCUUCUUGAACGUAUGAAUUUAGUUGAUAAUCAAGGAAAAAGACUUAUUUCUGAUGAUGAAUGGGAUACUGCUGGAUUCUAUCUUGCAUUUGCAUUUGAAAAAAGAGGUUUCUAA